AGAAGAGAGCACUGCGUUUGCGUGUAAGAAAAAAAAAAAAAAAAAAUCGAAAGCGAAGGAAGAAAAAAAACCAAAAUUUUUAUUUUAUAAAAUAAUCGAACAGUUCAUCAAAAAUCAGAACCAGAGAAACACAGACAGACCAACCCAGAUUCACCACACCCUCUCGCUCUUCUUCACUCUCUCUUUAUCUCUCUCUCUCUCUCUCUCUCUCUCUCUCCAUAUAUAUAUCUACUGUCAACAGUUACAUACAGAGAGAGAGAGAGAAGGUGGAGGAGAAGCAUGGUGCCUACUUCCUUAUCGAUACUUUCUUCCACACCGUCUUCGUUUCCUUGCGAUACACCCUCGACCUCUGCCUCGCCGGCCAAGCCCAACCGGAACGCUACCCCUAGGGUUCUAGGCCCGCUCUCUCUGUACUGCUGCUCUUCUCCUCCGAUUUCGAGAGCCGGAGUUCGCUCGAGCCAAUCGUUGGUUGAUGGAACGGCGGCGGAGCAGUUUCAGCAGAACAAUUCUAUCGCCGACUUCAUGAGGUUCAAGCGAGGGAGCUCCGACCGGGGCGGCCGCGCUGAGUUGCAGACCGCCGUCGUUAGCUACCGCAAGAAGUUCCCUUGGUCUCUCCUUCAACCGUUUCUUCAGGUUGAUUUGGUUUCAACAAUACACAUUGCGGAUAGAGAAUAUUUUGCUACCCUCCAGAAAGAACUUGAGCCUUAUGACUGUGUUCUCUACGAGAUGGUGGCUAGCAGGGAGAGUUUGGAGAAAAGACGAAAUCCAAGUGCUGCAAAGAAGCUCAGAGGUUCACGCUCACAGGGCUUUAAUAUUCUUGGAUGCAUUCAGCGGCAAAUGGCUAGACUGCUUAUGCUUGAUUUUCAGUUAGAUUGUCUUGACUACCAGGCUGAGAAUUGGUAUCAUGCUGAUCUGGACUAUGAAACUUUCAAGUUACUUCAGCUGCAAAAGGGUGAGAGUUUCUUUACCUUUGCGAGAGAGAUGACUCUUAGAUCAACAAAGGCCGUGGUGCAGCCUGUUCUAAUUCCAGAAGAGCUUGGUCCUUGGAGAUCUAAGCUUUUGUGGGCUUCUCGGGUGCUACCUAUGCCUCUCCUUGGCCUCGUCAUAAUCGGGAGUGUCUGCACCGAUGCAGGAAGUCAGGCAUUGAAAUAUCCAGAAUUAGAAGCGUUGUCCAGGCUAGAUUUUGGCGCUGCUAUGAAGGUCUUCCUUGCAAAGAGACUUGCAUCCGAGUUCACUCUAGUGACUGCUGACCUAGAGGAGAAAUCUGUUAUCAUCGGCGAGAGGAACCGAGCUGCAGCAGAGGCUCUCCGGCGAGCCCUGGACCAAGGGCAUAACAAGAUCGCCAUACUUUAUGGAGGCGGCCACAUGCCGGACCUGGGAAGGCGGCUCCGGGAGGACUUCGAUUUGGUCCCUUCCCGGGUGCAGUGGAUAACAGCAUGGGCCAUCAAGAACCGGAAUCUCACGAGCAAUUCCCUUCCAUUUUUGAGAAAAAUGGCGGAGGUUUCAGGGUGGCCAUUGAAUAGGUAUCAGACGACGGCACUGUUAAUUUUUUCGUCCGUACUGGCUUUGGAUCUCUGGUUUUGGGAGGUUUUCUUUGGCACCACCGUGAACUGGAUCUCCCAUGUUACUUCAGACAUUUUCCUGUACUUUGAUGGUGCACAGGUGAUGUGAACUCCUUCUGGGUACAUCACAAAAUUCCGAAAUUUAGCGAUGAUAGACAGACAAACUCGUGCAUUUAUUUGUACAUAUCACAAAUCUGUCAUUUAACCCGAAAUCAAACGAUUUCUCUAAAAGUUCAAGCCUUUCUAUUUGAACAAUAUAAGCAAAGCAU